UCCCGCCAUAUGUUGACAAAAGCAGAAGGGCCAGGAUCUUUAUCACAUCAACACCAAGAGGUGCUAAGCCAGAAAGAUCUCAGAAGAUCCUACUCCUUGUCCUGUUGUCCUUACCUGGAGGAAUAAUAAUCCAUCAUGGAGCCUUUCAGAAGCCAUCUGAGAUUUCAGACUGCUAUUUUUCUUGCAGGUUGCAUCCUGAGCUGCAUGUCUCAGCAGGGGCCACCCCAGGAAAACUUAACUGUGGUUUCUGUACCUGAAGACGCCAUCCUGGGAAAAAAUAUCAUCCUGAACGUGCAGAAUAUCCGGGACGGAUUUGAACGAUGCGAGUGGACGGCACCCUUUGGGGCCAAAAUUGAUUUUGACCCCAAUUCAAAAGUGGCUAACACUUCCCAAGUCGGAGUGGUGCAUCGGAAUUGUUCCUUGAGUAUCACAAAUCUGAGGUCAGAGCAUCGAGGAAAGUAUACCAUCAAAGUUAGUUUUCCUCCUGCAAAGCAGCAAGGGACAAGAGACCCAGAUAUCUAUAUCGGUUCUAUUUUUCUGACAUUUUGUGAACAAAUCCGUAUCAACGUCGAACCCCAAAAUCCCCGCGUUGGCCAGGAUGUCAAGAUGACUCCCGUAGGCUUGCCAGACCGUCGUGACUACUGCGAAUGGGAGCAAAAAACCCAAACUGGAAUAAAAAAAUUCGAGGAUUCUGAAGAAGAGCCCAACAAACAGAAGAACCAGCAACCCCAGGUCACCCAAAAAGAUUGUUCCUUUCAUAUGACUCAGUUAACCCUGGCUGAUUCUGGAACCUACUCUGUUUAUUCCGAAGUGUAUUUAGACCAAAACUCCGCCAAAGAAGGGAGGAGAACUAGAGAUCAAAUGAAGUGCUAUCGAGGCCAGACCCAGUUAAAUGUCCAACUUGUUUCAGGAUCAGCGUCUGUGAAAUAUAGUGCGGGAAUCAUCGCUGCGGCUUUGCUUGGAUCCCUUACCUGGACUAUCAGUAGUCUGUUCCUCUUGCCGCUGCUGUUCGGCGUGUUGUCGCCAUUCUUUCCCGAAUGCUGAAUUUGGAAGCGGUUCCUUCCUUUGUAAAAGAUAUUUGCAGAGAAGAGGCACACGAAUUAUCCCACGGCUGCGUGUGUAAAGCUGAGCUGCUCUGUGCUUCGAUAUUAAGCUUGAUCUGAUGCUGAUUUCUUUUGAAGCUCAACUUUGUUCAAACCUGUAUUUUAGCUUAGUUUAUUUUGUGUUUAAAUGGACAAAACCUACAUCAUUCUCAACUUUAAAACUUGAGAGU